AGUAAAACACCGAAGAGUAAAGAGUCAGACGUAAGCAGAGUGACAAACUGAAUACAGGGAAGAGAUUGGUGGUAGGGGUCAAUUCCGGGGAACCAGACUCGGAUAAUCAAUUUAAGAUGGGUUUUGGAGGAGGUGCCAAACAUUGUCUUGGUUCGAUACUGAGGUGCAGGGUGGUUCAUAGAUGCUCAGCUACAGCUAAUGCUGCUAAUGGGCGUGGCUUUUCUAGCUGUGUUUCGAGUAAAAGAGUUCCCAGUACCCAAUUUGGGUCUGCUGUGUUUCUUAGGAGGUUCAGUUUGGAAGCUUGUGAUCCUAUGAGUCUCAUAAAGCAACUGAGGCAGAGAACAAGCGCUCCUAUCAAAGAUGUCAAGGCGGCUCUCGUUGAUUGCAACUGGGAUAUUGAGGAUGCACUUAAGGAAUUGAGGAGAAGAGGGGUGGUUUUGGCAUCAAAGAAGUCGUCAAGAUUGGCUUCUGAGGGAUUGCUUGCGCUAGCUCAGAAUGAGAGCAAGGCUGCUCUUAUUGAACUCAACUGUGAGACUGAUUUUGUUGCUAGAAAUGAAAUCUUCCAAUUCUUGGCCUUAGCUUUGGCAAAGCAAGCUUUGCUGGUUGAAGGCUCUUCUCAAGACGUUUCUGGAAUCUGUCCCAUUGCCUCUGAAUAUUUAGAGGACUUGAAGUUUAAUCUUGAACAUCCAAAGAUUAGUUGAGAAACAACUGUUCAGAAUGCAAUUACAGAAGUGGCUGCAGUAAUGGGUGAAUAUAUUAAGCUCAGAAGGGGAUUUGUGAUGUCUACUGCUUCACACUGUGUUGUUUCCACAUACCUUCAUGCAAGUCCCCAACCAGGUUUGGGUCGCAUUGCUGGAAUUGUAGCACUUGAAGUGGAGGACAAGAAUGCUCAGUUGGAUGCCAUACAGCAGAUCGGAUCAGAAAUGGCAAUGCAUGUGGUGGCAGCAAAGCCUUUAUUCUUAACAAAGGAACUUGUUUCUUCUGAUGCUUUAGAGAGUGAACGCGAAAUUCUCAAGUCUCAGGCUGAAAGUACGGGAAAAUCUCAGAUGGCCAUAGACAAAAUAGUAGAAGGUCGCUUGCGUAAAUACUAUGAAGAAGUUGUUCUGAUGGAGCAGAUGUUUAUUGUGGACGAUUCUGUAAAUGUAAAGACACUUUUAGAUAAGUUAUCUAAGGAAGUUGGAUCAACAGUGAAGAUUAAGAGCUUUUUCAGGAUGCAAGUUGGAGAAGGAAUUCAAAGGCUAGAAGCAUCUGGUACAUCUGAAAAUUUGGCCAAGGCUGUGUGAAGAAUUUGUGCCCCUGAAUCUACAGAAUGAAUCUACUAUAUGCAGAAUUUGCUGGAAGUGGCGAGCGAGGGUCCGUUGAUAGUCAUCAUGAAUUUCCCUUUAUGCUCACUGCUCGCUUACUGUUCGAUGGUUGUUACCAUUUUGUUGCUGGAAUUUUCAUGUCUUCAUGUUUUGAGACUAUGAACAGUAUUGUUAUCACAGGGAUUUCUGUCAACAAACAUGGAGUAGUAAUGUCCAUGUUCUUCGGCAUCAGACCAUCAGUAUCACCUGUUUCCUAUGUGUGAAGCCAGUGCCAUUUCAUAGGUAUGGUUUGUAAGCUUGGGUAUCAAGUGUCAAGUGCCUCAUUUAUAUAUUUCAAAGCUAACUGCUAGAUGCUUUGUUCAUCAUUGGAUACUUUUCGCUAUAUUUGUAACAAUUUUGGGCAUCUUACACAUAGUUGAAAAUCAAUGAAGGCUUAUUUGUUGAGUGAGGCAUAGCAUAAAUGUUACAGUUUAGUGAUCGAUGAAGUUUUUGU